UUGCCUCUUUCAAUUUCCUUCUCUGUCCCACACUAGGUGAUCUCUGAGUCUAUUAGCCCCUGUCCCUAAGCUUCUCUCUAAAGAAGCCUCCUCUGUCUUCCCAGAGAGACCUGAGUCUGGGAAAGAGGAAGUGAUGGAACUCUCACCCAUUCUUCUGGUGGCUCCCAUACUACUUGGAAGUUCCACCUGUCUAACUGGAAACCUUGUUAUUUAAACCUCCACCUUGCCCUUCCUGGAUAAGGGGCUAUGAGUUCUCCCAUUUUCUCCCUGCGACUUGAGUGCAAAGGUCCCCAGAUGAGGGAGCAGGCUUAGUAAGGCAGGGCCCUUCUUUUAGGUACCUCACUCACCCCCAACUGAAAUGGACGUAGGUAAGAGGAGUAUUCAGAUUUCAAAGACUUAGGGUGGGGAAAGGGGACCCUAGACCUUCUGGCAGAAGGGAAGGGCACAUACCCAGGGGAGGAGGCAGCCCUGUACCAGCCUGCCCAGGCGCCAGGGAUGCCUAAAGGCUUCAUCCCGCCCCCUCCGCGCCCUGGCGGGCAGGGGGCAAAGUCCGACCCAGGCCCGCGGGCAGGCGGGGACCUGCCAGGCUGCGUCCGACCCAGUCGGGCGGGACAGGACUCAGCCCCAGAGCUGCUCUGCGGGGAUGGGUAAGGCCGCUGGGGGCCCCCCGGGGGCGGCUGUCGAGGCUGGUCCGGACUAGCCGUCCGGGGGCCCGGGCGCGCCCUGGGACCUGGCAGCUACCCUGGGUUCCUGGCUCCUAGCUCUCCGCCCCAAGACUGCGCUGGUCCCACCUCUUCCUGUGCCCUAAUAUGGAUCUUGGGGAGAAAUUCAGGGGGGUUGCCCCGCUCCCAAUCCAAUUCGUGGACUCCAGCCUGUUGCCUUGGUGAUGGAGGCCCCGCUCCCAGGCUGCAUCCCCCCCUCCAGAGGGUCAAUGGAACAGUCCUCGGGCUGCCAGGCUUAGUAGUCGCCGGAGACUGCAGGCUGAACCAUUACUAGAUGGGGGAGAACAGACAGUGACUGGAGGCGUUUGUAGCUGGACUGUGACUUCCUCGGGGUCGCUUGCCCGGGUUCCUCUUCUCAGGAGCAGAAUUGGCAGGCCCAGGGCAGGGCGCACCGUCCUGUAGGCUCAGAAUGACGAGACAGGGCCGGGCUCUUUCCCCCUCGGGGCUGUUGCCACACUUCCUGCCUCGGCUCUCUUUCCUUAGCCUGUUUCUAAGGAAGGGAGUGGGGUUGGGCGACCGCGCCCCAGCUAUCCCGCCCCGUCGGCUCUCCAAGAGCUGACAGGGUAUCGGGCGAGCCCGGGGUGACUAAGGGAGGGCUUUGGGCUUAGGGUCCAGGCUAUACAGGUGCCUAGGGACCACCCACGAGGUAAGCCCUAUUCGUACAAGUCCCUUGUCUCUGCUAUCCCCCGAGUCAUCUUCUCGGGCAGAUCUCAGAUACCCUACUGUUAUCGCCCUUAGAACUCGGAAGUCGUGCCCUGAUCCAUCUAACUCUCCAUCAGAAUUGUGCAAGUGGCCACAGUAGCCCCAACCUUUGGUAGCCAUGUUCCCAUCCUCCACCUCUUCUAUUACCUCAGUGUAUCCAGGACCCUUGCUCACUUUCUGCAUUUCGACAAUGCCUUCCCAUUUCCUCUUAUAGGAGAAUCUUCAGACUCAUCUAUGGCCUCUAGAACCAACCCCUCCCUACUCAUUUCUUGCACAAUAGGUACCCGAGCCCCGCUUCCUUACCCCUUCCUCCCACCUGUGACAAUUCCAGUCCUUCAAGCCUUUUGUACCUGGGACCUCCAGUUAAUCCCUGGGCUAAAUGUUAACAAAUUCCUUCCGAUUUGUGCCUUCCCUGCUUGCUGGGGUCUUCUAGUAUAUUGUCAGUUCUCAAGCUACGGGUACCCUGGGUCCCCCGAGACUUUACCGGGUGUCUCCGAGGUCCCCCUUCCUCACUUGCUGCGCACCAAGCUCUCAUAUUCUCCUAGGUGUGCUCCCGCAGUCCUAACCGCUGUGUACCUCAGCCCCUCAACAUCCCCGGGCUGGAGUGUCUCCAUCCCUACAGCCCCUCCCCCUGCAGCCGCGCAGAGCCACCCGGCUCGUGGCCGCUGUUUACAAGGACACGCGCUUCCUGACAGUGACGCGAGCCGCCUCCUCCCCUUCCCCACGCUCUAGGAGGGGGCCGCGGGGGCCCGGCUCCGGCGUCGGCCAAUCAGAGCGCACUUCCGUAGCUGACAAACUCAGUAUAAAAGCUUGGGGCUGGGGCAGCGCGGUGGGGACCUUGAGGGUGGCCGGGCCAGUUUUGGAUCCUGCGGGGACCGGGGGACCGAAGGAAGCGACGCCGAGGGAGCGGGCACAUCACGGAGGGAGAGACAAGGUCCGAAAUCCCGGCAGCGUUUUUACGCACGGCUGCCAACUGGCUGCUGCCGACCGUCUCCAGUUCCCGAGGACGCGCGACCGGACACCGGGUCCCGCCGCAGCCGAGGACAGCUCGCCGCUCGCCGCAGCGAGGCCCGGGGCGGCCCUUCAGGGGGACCUUUCCCAGACCGCCCGGAUGUGCACGAAAAUGGAACAGCCUUUCUAUCACGACGACUCAUACGCAGCGGCGGGAUACGGUCGAACCCCUGGCAGUCUGUCUUUACACGACUACAAACUCCUGAAACCAACCUUGGCGCUCAACCUGGCGGAUCCCUAUCGGGGUCUCAAGGGCCCCGGAGCGCGCGGCCCGGGCCCAGAGGGCAGUGGGGCAGGCAGCUACUUUUCGGGUCAGGGAUCAGACACAGGCGCGUCUCUGAAGCUCGCCUCCACGGAACUGGAGCGUUUGAUCGUCCCCAACAGCAACGGCGUGAUCACGACGACGCCCACGCCUCCGGGACAGUACUUUUACCCCCGUGGGGGUGGCAGCGGUGGUGGUACAGGGGGUGGCGUCACCGAGGAGCAGGAGGGCUUCGCGGACGGCUUUGUCAAAGCCCUGGACGACCUGCACAAGAUGAACCACGUGACGCCCCCCAACGUGUCCCUGGGCGCCAGCGGGGGUCCCCAGGCUGGGCCAGGGGGCGUCUACGCUGGUCCGGAGCCGCCUCCCGUCUACACCAACCUCAGCAGUUAUUCCCCAGCCUCUGCAUCCUCUGGAGGCGCCGGGGCUGCUGUCGGGACUGGGAGCUCGUACCCGACGGCCACCAUCAGCUACCUCCCACAUGCACCACCCUUUGCGGGCGGCCACCCGGCGCAGCUGGGCUUGGGUCGAGGCGCCUCCGCCUUUAAAGAGGAACCGCAGACCGUCCCAGAGGCACGCAGCCGCGACGCCACGCCGCCGGUGUCCCCCAUCAACAUGGAAGACCAGGAGCGCAUCAAAGUGGAGCGAAAGCGGCUGCGGAACAGGCUGGCGGCCACCAAGUGCCGGAAGCGGAAGCUGGAGCGCAUCGCGCGCCUGGAGGACAAGGUGAAGACGCUGAAGGCUGAGAACGCGGGGCUGUCGAGUACUGCGGGCCUCCUACGGGAGCAAGUGGCCCAGCUCAAGCAGAAGGUCAUGACCCACGUCAGCAACGGCUGCCAGCUACUGCUGGGGGUCAAAGGACACGCCUUCUGAGCGCCUCCCUCGCUCCUCACGGACACCCCCAGCCCGGAAGGCUGGGCGCCCGCCCCCCGCUGGGGUGAAGGGGGCAGGCGAUGGGCAUCCGCCCGGAGGCCUGGGGCGCCGCACACACACUGGACUCUGGCUCGUCCGCCUGCGCCCAGUCCCUCCACCUCGACGUUUACAUGCCCCCCCCCCCGCUGUCAACGUAUUUUGUAUGUCUUUUUUUUUUUUCUGGGAAGAGACCGAAUUCAUAUUGAAUAUAAUAUAUUUGUGUAUUUAACAGGGAGGGAGAAGGGGGCUAUCGCGGCGGAGCUGGCCCCGCCGCCUGGUACUCAGCCUGCCGGGACACUAGGGAGGGACCUCCGCCCCCUGCCCUCCCCCUCUGCACAGUACUGUGGAGAAGAAACACGCACUUCGUGUCUAAGAGUCUAUUUUAAGAUGUGUUUGUGUGUGUGUUUGACUUUUUAUUGAAUCUAUUUAAGUAAAAAAAAAAUUGUCUUU